AUGGCAAUUAAUUUCGCGACUCAUGAAAAGUUGAAACUCCGCCUCCUCAAGAAAGUGGCGAGCGAGAUGGACCUGCGGGAAGCAAAGGACCCCAACGGGAGCACCGUGCUGUACCUCGCCGCGGCGAAGGGUCACCUGGAGGUCUGCAGGUUCCUGGUGGAGGAAUCAGGGCUCGAUGUCAACUGCUCCGACGCGGACGGCAUGACGCCGAUCUUCCGCGCCGCCGCCGCGGGAGAGGUGGGCGUGAGGUACCUCCUCGACCACGGCGGCGACCCAGCGAUGCCCGACGUCAUGCGCUUCACGCCGCUGCACAUUGCGGCGGAGAACGGGCACCACGAGGCUGCAGCACUGCUGCUGUCCAGGGGAGUUGAUGCGGAUCCCCUCAACAGCCGUCUUGUGACGCCGCUGCAUGUGGCUGCAGGGAAGGGCCAUGAUCAGACUCUGAAACUUCUGCUGGAGCACGGAGCUGAUCCCAACAGGAUUUUCCUUAGUGUCAUGUCACCGCUCCUGUUGGCAUGCAAUGCACGCUCCUUCAAAUGCAUGGAGCUAUUGGUUGCGAUUGGAUAUUUUGUUUAUAGGGUGCAGGUUAUGGAGCUGAUGCGAAGAUCCGAGGAAAUGAAGCGUUUGCGAAGGGAGAUUAACUACAAAGGAGCAACUGAUGCAUUCGCGGAAGCACUGAAGCUUGACCCUGCAACUAAUGAGAUCAAGGCAGCGUUAAGGGAGGCCACUGAAGCUAUGAGGUGCGCUGCUUGCUCUGAAGAACAGAACCCUUAA